GAUGUGGGAUUGGGGAGGGCAUGAGAAGGGGAGAGGGCCCAGCCCUGCUCUGGGCAAUCCUUGCUCUGACCACUCUGACACCGUAUCCUCUUGCCUGGGAGAGGGGAAGCAGAUCUGAGGACAUCUCUGUGACCAGGCUAGAAGCUGCACACCUGCAGCUCCUUCUCCGGGAUGGAUGUGGGGCAUGGCUCCCACUUUGGGCUGAACCUGCUGCUGCUCCUGCUGCUGCUGCUGCCCCUCAGGAGCCAGGCCAACACAGGCUGCUACGGGAUCCCAGGGAUGCCCGGCCUGCCCGGGGCACCAGGGAAGGAUGGGCACGAUGGACUGCCAGGGCCCAAGGGGGAGCCAGGAAUCCCAGCCAUUCCUGGGACCCGAGGACCCAAAGGGCAGAAGGGAGAACCAGGCACACCUGGCCAUCCUGGGAAAAAUGGCCCCAUGGGACCCCCUGGGAUACCUGGGGUGCCUGGCCCCAUCGGCAUCCCUGGAGAGCCAGGCGAGGAGGGCAGAUACAAGCAGAAGUACCAGUCAGUGUUCACGGUCACUCGGCAGACCUCCCAGUUCCCCGCAGCCAACGGCCUGAUUAUCUUCAACACGGCGGUCACCAACCCGCAGGGGGAUUACGACACGAGCACUGGCAAGUUCACCUGCAAGGUCCCGGGCCUCUACUACUUCGUCUACCACACGUCACAGACGGCCAACCUGUGCGUGCUGCUGUACCGCAACGGCGUCAAGGUGGUCACCUUUUGUGACCACAUGUCCAACACCAAGCAGGUCAGCUCCGGCGGAGUGCUGCUGCGGCUGCAGGUGGGCGAGGAGGUGUGGCUGGCUGUCAAUGACUACAAUGGCAUGGUGGGCAUUGAGGGCUCCGACAGCGUCUUCUCCGGCUUCCUGCUCUUCCCCGACUAGGGCGGGCAGGUGGGCUCCAGCCCCAUGGGCCAUCCACCUCCCAUAGCGUCCUGCAUGGACCCACGUUACUGGCCAGUCUGCAUCCUUACCUAGACCAUUUUCCCCACUGGAUGGACUCCUCCUCCAGGAAGCCCAUCCUGACCACUGCCCCUUCCAUGGGUUCUCUCCCUCCUCUGAACUCCUUUUGGAGUCACUGCUUGUGCAGUUCCUGUGACACUUAACCAAUACCUUUUGGUACUGCCAUUUGUUUUUUUUUUAAGUAUUGGAAGGGGUGGAGAGAUGUAUAAAUAAACAGUGAAAUCAAUAAAUA